CAAAAGCAUUUUCCUUUAUUAACACAACCGAAAGCAUUAGCAUUAGCAGUAGCAUUAAGUCGUUUUGUCGCUAUUACUUGCACUCACAAGGAGGAGACAAUUAGGUAUGUCGCAGCUUGGCAGCACAAAUAAUGCCGGCGGAGGGCCCGACUUCCACUUGCCGGAUGAGAUAUUGGCCGUGAUGCCAACGGACCCCUACGACCAACUAGAUCUGGCCCGUAAGAUCACAUCCAUGGCCAUCGCCUCGCGAGUAUCGAAGCUGGAGGCCGAGACCGGUCGAAUGAGGCAGAAAAUUUACGAGCAGGAUCGAAUUAUAUAUGAACUUGAAGAGAAAGUGUCUAACAUGCAACGAGCAUAUCUGGAAGCAGAGUCCAGGUUGAAGAUUAGCCUUGAUGAAAAUAUGAAACUUUCAAAGGAGCGGGAUUCAUUGGUGAUGAGUGUGAAGAAACUCAACCGUGAUUUGACAAAGUUGGAGACCUUUAAGAGGCAAUUGAUGCAAUCACUAAAUGAUGAAAAUUCUCAUGAUGAAACUGUUGAUAUUGGCACUUGUGAUCAAUCAGUUCCCAAAGCGUAUCCUGACAAAGAUCAGGGUAUGAAUGGCUAUGCCGCCCAAAAUUCUCAUAGUGGCUCUACUGACACAGUAAACACAACUGACAAUGCUUCAAGACCUGCUGGGCAGAGAUUUUCUAUUACUCCAUAUAUCACACCGAGGCUUACUCCAAUGGGAACCCCAAAAAUAAUUUCUACAAUUGUGUCCCCUAGAGGUUUUUCUGCUGCUGGAUCUCCUCAGCAAACUUCUGGCGCAACAUCUCCCACAAAACCUCAGUAUGAGGGACGGACUCCACUCUCUUCAUGGUACCCAUCAAGCCAGCAGUCAUCAGCAGCAAACUCUCCUCCUUGUGGGCGAUCAUUGCCUGCACGAACUCCGCGAAUUGAUGGAAAGGAGUUCUUUCGCCAGGCCAGGGGUCGCCUAUCAUAUGAACAGUUUAGUGCAUUUCUGGCUAACAUCAAGGAACUAAAUUCACAAAAGCAAACUCGAGAAGAAACCUUAAGGAAAGCAGAAGAGAUAUUCGGGAUGGACAAUAAAGAUCUUUACUUGUCAUUCCAAGGAUUGCUUAAUCGCAACAUCCAUUAGACCCUAUAUUAUGUUCAUUUAGAUGGUUUACGCUACUUGGGUUAUGGAUCAAACGUAGAUCCAACAUUCUGCCUAUAAAGAGAGGAUACCAGGUGAUAAAUUCUCCAAGAUGUAAUUUGUUGACGAUAUCAACAUGUAACUUGCUGGUUUAUGUUUAGGCAUCUAGAAUUGUAGGCUUCAUUUGCUUCAUACAUGCAGGUAAGUUGUGUAAAUAAAAUUAUGCUCUCUUGCGUUACCUGCUCGGAUAUUAAGUGAUGCUAGUUGACAAUACUUUCGUGAGAUUUUGAUAUUUCAUUUUGAAAGUGAAGAGAGUUUACUUUUGUUC